CGACGCUAGCACCACUCGGUUUCAGCUCGAGCGGGUUGGGGGCGCUAUCGAUACUCACCAGCCUCUGACGGACACACACUUCUAAUUUUAGCCGGUAAGACCGAAAUCGCAGCGCUCGGCUGGAUUCACAAGCGCAGUGACAGCCACUGCACUUGCACCACUUGCAGGGCGGAGCACCGACGCGUGUCGCACCCAGGCCGGAGCAAGACGCGUGUAGCAGCCAUGCGCACCCAAACGCUCGCAUGGCUCGUCCUAGCGACGGUUAGCGCAAAACCGAAACCCCUCGACGGCCGCAUCGCCGCCGUGACGGGCGGGUCGCGCGGAUUAGGUAGGGCCGUCGUCGACGAGCUCCUGCGCCAGGGCUGUGCCACGGUCAUCGCCUGCGCGCGCAACGUCGAUUCAUUGGCAGAGCUCGAAAAUGUUGUGGCAGUAACGGCCGACGUGCGCACGACAGAAGGGAGAAGAGCUUUUGUCGACGCCAUCGCGACCACAGGAGGUUUAGAUAUCCUCGUGAACAACGUCGGGACGAACGUCAGAGGCCCGACGACGGAGCUCGACGAGGGCGACUACCGCUCAGUGUUAGAAACAAAUUUAGAUGCGGCCGUGUUCCUGUGUCGCGACUGUAAAGCCAUGCUCGAGGAAAGAAACGGGUGUAUUGUGAACAUCGGCUCGAUCUCGGGCGUCUGCUGCGACCACACGGGUGUGGCUUAUGCGGUCUCGAAGGCCGGCUUGGAUCAUCUCACUAGAUAUUUAGCGUGCGAGUGGGGGCCCUGCCAGGUGAGGGUGAACAGCGUGGACCCCUGGUUCAUCCGCACGGAGCUGACGGAGCCUCUUUUGGAUGAUUCCGAUUUCCGAGCAGCGGUGGAAGCGAGGACACCUUUGCGAAGGGUCGGCGAGCCGUCCGACGUCAGUCAGGCCGUCGCCUACCUCUGUUCGGCGCCUUAUGUGACCGGACAAAUAUUGUGUGUGGACGGGGGUUUGACGUGCAACGGGUUCGAGUACCAGAAGCCCUCGUCCUCGAACCGAGAGAAUGAUAUCGCGGGGGGGAUGGGUGGUUUCUAAGUUCAGCAACUUAGGG